CCACCGCUUUUGAAAUUAUGUCUGAAUGGAAGUAGAAAUAGCAGAAGGGGGGAAUGUAUUAGUAAAAUCUACCACAAGACUUCCAAAAACAGUCCAUGAACACAGAAAACCUACAUUAGAGGACGCUGAUAUUUCUUUUCGCGCCAUUCACCCUGGAACAGAACAUGGAAGUUCAUGGGGCCCGCUGCUGUGAGAGUAUGGACCCUCAGGACAGUGCUGACCUUCAGGACAGUCCCAUGGGCGUGGGGGACAUGGUGGCAGUGGAAGCUCUGAUGUUCAUGAAUAAGAACCGCUGGAAGACCAGGACCUCUAACCCAGUCCAGUUCCGCCCUCUGACCCCCACCUCAGACUUCUCUGAGGAUGAUUCUGUCUCUGCAGAGGUUCUCAGAAGGUCACCUAUGUGUAUGACCCCACCAUACAGCCCACCUGUGUAUGAGGCCAUCCACCCAGGCCCAGAGACCCCACAGGAACCGUCACCAGCCCCACCAGUGAGCCGGUGCCCCAGCACAGGGGCAGAGACCCCUCCCUGGCCCUGGCCCCAGACAGGACCCCCUCCACGGUCCCAGGCUACCAGCGUGAUCCGUCACACAGCCGACUCACAGCACCGUUCCUCCUGUCCUCUCGCUUCCCUAAACCACAGCCUGAGCCAGCCCAGCUCCAACAGCCUCAGUAAAACCUACCCUGAUAAGUGGAGGGGUAGAGACUGUAUGGUGAACCCCAACAACACGCCUCCCGAUUGGCCCUCUGGGGCUGAUGCCCCACAGGUUCCACCUACUGUGAUUCUACCAGGUUCUGCUGUCCAGUCCUAUCAGCCCACAGCUGGGUCCCCAGCCCCUGGGACCACGGCCAGGGCCUCUCCUCUGCCCGUUUACUGCCAGAUACUCCCGACAGCGACCAACCCCCUUGUCACCACCACAGUCGUCCGCAAACCAGUGGUGUCCCCGGGCCCUCAAUCCAUGGUGUGCCCUCAGGUUUUCUUUAUGGAGGGUCAAGCGACCAGCGGCCCCCUCAUGCUCCUGGUUUCCCGGCCGGCAGGCCCGGUCCAGCCUGCGAUGGUGACCCCAGGAGGCACCAGGCUGGCGGCCAUCGCCCCUGCGCCAGGAGGGUUUGUCCCACUGGUCCAUAGGGUCAAACUCCUGGUGAAGGAUCCCCGUGUGCGGAGCCACGUCUGCCCACACUCUGACUGCAGCAAGACCUACUUCAAGAGCUCCCACCUCAAAGCACAUAUGCGGACUCACACAGGUGAGAAGCCUUUCAGGUGUAGGUGGGAGGGCUGCGACAGGCACUUUGCUCGGUCGGACGAACUUUCCCGGCACCGCCGGACACACACCGGGGAGAAACGUUUCGCCUGCCCCAUGUGUCACAGCCGCUUCAUGCGUAGCGAUCACCUGGCCAAGCAUGCCCGGCGACACCUAGCAACCAAGAGGAUGUCCUGCUGGCCAAUGGGAGUCAGUCACAGUGACGUCACCAAAUUACAGUUGCUCUCUCGCAGCGCUGAAGGACUUCCUGAGAACUGAAGAUACCGGCUUCCAGGAUUUGAGAUAGAGGAGGUUGAAGGGUGGAGCUCAAAACGGGUCCAACCCCGUGUAAACAUCUACAUUUAGCAGUGAACAGUCUCCAUAUGGGGUGUAUAAUACUGUAAUAUGUGACCUGUGUGUCUGUCCAGCAGAGGGCCACACCAACAAGAAACGUAUGUAGCAUACACUGAACAACUCAUUUAUCUAUAGUUGUGCCUUCAUAGAGGCCAAUAGCAUUGAAGAGGGAACAACAGCGGAUUUUUCAAGCAAUUGAUUGUUAUACCGUGUUACUCUCCAGAAGUUUAGAGAAUGCCAUUCUCAAGGACUGUGCAUCCUUGAGAAUCUUUUUUGAGUUUGACCAAGGUAUUUUCUUUCUUUUUUUUGGGAGGGGGGGGGGACAUACAGAUUUGUAUGUCUUUUUGUACAGUUGCAGAUUUUUUUUAAUGCAGACCAUUUGCACAAUUUGUUCUUUUGUUACAAGGAAAAUUAAAAUGUAAAAAAUGGAUGGUUGUUGUGAAUAUUUCUCGUGUCCCUCUGUCUCCUCCUCUCACUCAGUUAUGACAGCACCUGUGUCUCUGGGAGUUCAAGGCCAAGGAACAACGUGACGCAGUGUGCCAAGACUUCAUUUCUUGUGCACGUAACAAUUGUGCUUACUGUUACACUUUGACAGGAGUAGAGACAGCAGACGGUUGUGCAAGUGUCUGUGGGGGACUGUGUGGUUCCAGUGUUGAGACACUGUAAUCACAUGCUACUAUGGUGUUAAAGGCAACAGUGAAACCAGUCAGUCCUUCUUAGCUAAGCUAUAACAGCUGUCACGUCAGGCUAACUCAAGCAGCCAGAGAUUGACAGUGAAACUGUCCAACAGGCUUGUUGAUUCUAAAUAUAGCAAAAGGGUCCUGAAUGACACUUCCCAUUUUUCACACUUUCUGACUUCUGCAGACUAAGUUCAUAUGAACUGAACCAUUACCCAGCUCUGCCAACCCCAUCUGUCUUAUCUGCUCCCCACUGAUGAGGGAUUCCUCCUCAAAGAGAGUAAGGAAGGUUGGAUUUAGUAGAGGGUCUGAACGUAGACUUAUAAGUGCCUUAUCACCGUGUAACCCACUGAGCCCAAUCCCCUUCCGGCUCUGAUCACAUUAUCCAGGAUGAGAAACUGCUGUCACCGUGUGGUUAUGCAAUGACAGCUCAUCCCAAUGAGAAUUACUUUAAGGCCUUGUGUAGAAAG